AUGAGUGCUCCGGCGGUUCCAAGCUCUGCCCAAGGUCAUACUCCGAAGUAUGAUCCAGAAUACUGGAAGGUAGUUGCGCCAUCCAAGACAGGAUGGGUACAACCCGACUUCAAAGAUGCGAUCGACCUGCGAAACUUUACAGAGCCCCUCUUGAGGAAGUUCUUCGAUAGCAUACCGGCUGUUGAGGGUAUCGUCAAGACCGCAGUUGAGGUUGAGAGCGUUGACGGCGCAAAGGUCAAAGUCGUGCGCUUUGCGACCAAGGAGCAAAUGGAAAGCACGGAACUCCUCCCGGCUUUGCUCAAUAUCCACGGUGGUGGAAUGAUCAGCUGCGAUGUUGACAUGUUUUCGCCUCAAAUAGCACAAUAUGCUGCCGAAACAGGAGUGCAGCAGUUCUCAGUGGACUACAGGUUGGCCCCGGAACAUCCAGCUCCUGCGGCCGUUCACGAUUGCUAUGCCGGAUUAGAAUGGUUGGUCUCUCACGCCAAGGAGCUGCAUGUUGACCCAGCUCGAAUUGGUGUCAUGGGAGAUAGUGCAGGCGGUGGGCUAGCAGCUGGGACAUGUCUGAGGGCAAGGGAUCAGGGGCUAUCACCGCCCAUUGCCAAGCAGAUUCUGGUGUAUCCAAUGCUAGAUGAUCGCACGACGACUAGGUAUCCUGAAGACUGGCCUUUGCAUGCAUUCUUGAACUGGAAGUUCAAAGAUAACAUUUUGGCGUGGAAUGCAUACGUUGGAGAAGACAAGGUUGGAAAACCAGAAGCAGACAUCAGUCACUACGCCUCCCCAGCUAGAGCAAAGAGUGUAGAAGGACUGCCACCCACAUAUAUUGAUGUGGGUGGUUUAGAUCUCUUCAGGGACGAGUGUCUUGAGUAUGCUUCGCGGAUUGCCGCUGCAAACAUCGACCUAGAAUUCCAUCUAUAUCCCGGAAUACCCCAUGGCUUCGAGAGUGCUGGCGACAUACCUGUGGUGAAGCGGGCUCGAGAGAAUCGGGUACGAGCAGUGAGGAGCCUCUAA